UUCACAGAGGGAAUGAACGCUUUUGGGAAGCUGUGGGACCUGGUAAAGGAGAACUGGAUUGCCUUCCUACCAUUGUUCACCAACAUGCAGGAGCCUUUGUCAAAGGCAGCAUUCAAGGCCAUCUUCACUUACAGUUACAGCAGUAGAGGAACCAACCGACGUGAGGAAGAGGAGGACACCAUCUACUGCUGGGAGCUGGUUCUGAACAUGAUUGAAGACAAAUUGACUGAACUCAGAUUCGAAGACCUUCUGAUAUUCAUCACUGGUGCAGAUGAAGUCCCUGCCCUUGGGUUUCCAAAUAAGCCCUGCAUUGACUUCUUUGAACAGGAGUCAGGCCAGCGACGUUUGCCCUACGCUUCGACUUGCAUGAUGUGCUUGUUCCUUCCUAGAGGAAUCACGCAGGAGGACGAAUUACAUCGGAUGCUUUUUCAGGCCACUAAAGACUCUUUGGGAUUUGGAAAGGUUUAGUCCUUACCAAUUUAAACUCAGAGUAGCAGAAUCCUGGCAGGAUUAGCUGAUACUUUCAGUCAGUUUGCACCAUCUUCACUAAAAAAAACAAUGUUAAAAUAUGGCUAGUCCCCCCUAACAAGUUCUAAAGUCUGUGUUCUUGUUUAUGUAAAAUCUACAUUGGUGCUUGUAAAGCCUGCUACUUAUGACCAUUUUAUUAUUGACUAAUGAGCCAAUGAUAAACUGUAUUUGCAUGACAGCCUUGUUUUUAUGAUGUAAAGCUCAGGAUCAGAGGCUAAAUGUUAUCAUUUCUUACUGCUUUGUUCUAGGUUGUUCAUCGCAUAAAUUAUGCUUGAUCUCACAGAAACAUGGCAUUCAUGGAAAUAUAUGUUGUUUGACAUAUUGUUUUAAUAUUCAAAUGUUUUGCCACUAAAUUCCAGACAUUAACAGAUAAAGUUUAUUAUUAUUUGCAGUCUUCAGCCGUCUUGUUUGUCUGUCCAAUAGUCAAAAUCUAAAAUAUUAAUUUUACUUUUAUGUGAGAAUGAUAGCAUUGAUUAUCAUUUUAAAAUGCAAAUAUUAUAGACUUUUCUUACAACUUUAAAAAUAUCCAAUUCUGCAAUACUUCAGAUACAUCUUCUGUCAGUUGGUUGAACUUCUAAUUGACUAAUUGUUAAAGAUAAUUUAAUUCUCAUCUUCAUGAUCACAUGAUAGUAAAAUAAAUAUUUUUCAGUUUGAGGUUAUGACA